AUGAGCAAGCGCGAAGACGAGGACGACAGAGAAGCGUUGUCAUUAAAACUAAUGCUCGAACGCAAUGCUCGAAUGCACUCGCGAAAAUCGGUCGAAAACGGACGCAAUUUCCCCGUCCGCGAGAACGAUGUGUUCGUCUCCACGUACCCGAAGAGCGGGACGACGUGGAUGCAAUUUCUCUCACACAACGUGCGUUUGGUCAUCGAAAACGAAUUCCUAGACGAGGCGAAAGCGAUGAACUUUAACGAAAUCACGGAGAAAGUGCCCUGGGAUAUAUUAGCGGAAGAUUGCCGGUCAAUAGGGACGAUUGGUGGCGCGCAGGAUUUACGAGCCGGGCAGAGCAAAACAGACCCGAAGCAUGGGUUGAGGCUGUUCAAGUCGCACGAAAGCGUCGAGGCGAUCGCGAAGAGGAAGGGAAAUGAGACGAUGGCGAGAUACGUGAUCGUGUGUAGGAACCCAGAGGAUGUUUUUCAUAGUUUUCAUCAGUUUUUACCGGCGUAUUGCGGGAUUGACCCGGAGGAGAUUCGCGCGGAGACGUUUUGCGACGCCAUAUUCGCCGGAGCUUCGCACAGCGGGCAAUAUUGGGAAUGGAACAUGGAUUGGUUCCAGUUUGCUGAGAAACAUCCAGAGAGAGUGUUGAUGGUGUGCUUUGAGGAUAUGAAAGAAGAUUUAGCGGGUGUGAUUAGAAAAGUAGCGAAGCUCAUGGGGGAAGACUUCAUCGCGAGAGCGGAUUUAAAGGAGAUGUGUCGUCGCGGGUCGUUCGAGUACAUGCGAAAACACAAGACGAAAUUCGACGACCAUUUCGUGAGGAAUAAGGUGAAGAAACAGAUGGGAAUACCGGACGAUGCGCCGGAGUUUUCCGUGGGGAAAGUCAGGGAGACGGGCGGUAAGAUUGGCGACGGGAAGAAAAAGCUCCCGGAAUCCGUGCAGAAGCGAUUAGAAGAACGCUGGAUGGAAGUGUUCGGUAAGAAAGGCUUCGAUUCGUACGAAAGUUUUCGGAUGCGCAUCAACGAGAUAUGGAAGUAG